UCAAAGAAUUUUCUCGCAUUUUUACUUUGUUCCGUAAUCGUGUUAGUCAUUAAUUUUAAUAUAUUGGGCGCAAUGUGUGACAUGGAAUUGAAAAAAAGACACGUCAGCCUAAUGAAUACAGAGUCAGCAAAAACCCAUCAAUGUAAAUAUAUCGAAAACUUUGUAAGUUAUCCUCGUGGUUUGGUACUACAUAAUACAUACGAUAACUUACGAGUAGGUAAGUAGGUAUCUACGUAGAUCUAUAUUAUUUACCUUAAUAAUUUUUAUGAUCAGGCUCUGCGUGCCAAUUGUGAAUUGUGGUCUUGUUGGGAAAGUCAAUUGCGGGAUAACACCAGAAAAGAAUUUUUAGACAUUUAUAAUAAAUUUAGAUCACUCGUCGUACGACAGGAAUGCGUCAAAUGUCAGUAUUACGACGAUAUUGCUCCAAUGAUUCAGCUUGUAAGUAAGAUCAUUUUUGAGUAGAUUGGUAUUAGAAAUAUUUACAAUUUUUUUGCAUAUUAGGGUGAACUUCGGUGAAUAAUUUUGAUCUCACAGUGACCCAAUUGAAGGCUGGAGAAGUGGAGUAGUUAAUAGAAAGGGUGAUUGAGUUUGUUGAAUUUUUCACAAUAUGUACCUAUCUAAUGAAAACUUGUCUAUAGCUGAAAAUUUUGUUGAUUUCAUUUAUAUUUGGGGUACGAAGAAGGACAGGUUUAACAUUUUUUCGUACCCCAAGGAAGAAUAAAAAUUGCCUCUCUCCUCUCCUCCAGAAAAUUUAUUCUGAUUUUUUUUUUUAAAGACAGAAUUUAUUCCAAAAACAUUUAUAAAAAUAUUGAUGCGAAUGUUAUCGAUUUUAUUUUACAGGAAUGGCAUUGGAAAUUGGAAAAAGAGUCUCAAAAUGCUAUUAAAAACUGUCCUUAUCAAAAAUUCGAAACAAAUUUGAAAUUGGAUCUAAACGAUGGCUCCUCUAAUAAUACGAAUUCGUUACAAUGUGAAAUGGCCUCCUCAUCAUUCCCUAUCCAAGGUGGAUCACAAACUGAACUCAUUCAAAUGCUGCCAUUUUUAUUAUACAGUAAUCAUCUGCGUGAUUUCGAUAAUGUUGGUAAAUACAGACGAAAUUUAGCAUUGUAUAUCGGAUGUUCAUACAUUCCAAGGGUGUUGAACUCGGAGCAAAUGUAUUCAUCGGAUCCCAAAUUGAAAAAAUCAGUUGGCCAUUUGCUAUGUUAUUUCUGUUCGAAAGAGAAAAAAAUCCAUACAGAUACUCUUAGUUCGUGCCCAAUGUACACGACAAGAACUGAAAUCAACGAUUUUCCUCUGCUUUGUAAAUUAAUUACGAAUGAAAUAACAAUGCCUUGCGAAACCACAAUCGUGCCUUGCCCAAAAUGGAAAAAAAGCUACUCGUGGUUUUUACCUUCUGUUAGGAAUAUUGAAGCUCAACUUGAAUAUGAAACUGACCUAUACGAUGAUGAAUUCUGGAAUAAACUUAAUUUGACGUCGACACCGGAUUCAAAACAACCUAAAAGCAAUGUGUCUCGUCCUCCGAUUAAAAAAAUUUAUAUCACACCUAAGGUGAUUCUUGUAGAUCCUUACGAUAAGAAAUUCUGUAUUAUAAUAAUUCUAAUGUAUGUUUUUAUCAUAUUACUCAUGGUUUCAACUAUAUUGUUAGUUUGUUAUUUUCAUCUGAUGAAUAGACAAAGGAUUGUUUACAUUUAAACGAUUGUUAAUUAUUAGCAUUGUAAGCUUACCUGUGUAGGUACAAUAAUUGUUGAGUUUGAAUAAAAAUCAUAUAGGUACCCAGAAUAAGACUGAGAGUAGGUACGAAGUUUGAAUUUUAUUUAUUUUUAAAGCGAUAAGCGUAUGUAAUUUAUUUUACAAUUUUAAGUGUAAUUAAUUUAAUACUUUGACGAGAAAAUUGGUAUGCAGUUUUUUUUGCAGACAUAUCACAGCUAAAUGUAGUAUUUUUUCAAAAAAAAAUAGGCACCUAUUCAUUUCUUAAAUAUUUUAUAAGAAUUAAGAUUUAAAAGAUCAAUACUUUUUCAAAAAUUAAUUAAUUACUUUCGAUCAAUUUUUUGUUCAAUAUUAAACAAUACAAUUAGGUACAACAUUUAUAAGCACAUAAAACACAACAAUUCAAAACAAAAUAACAAUUAAACAGAAAAGCGCGAUGAGGUGAAUAAAAUGGUAACAUUUGUUUUUGUUUUUCUUUAAUAAAUAAUAUUGCGAUUGCAAAACUCCUAGACUGGUUCUAUUACUUUGUCGAUAAAAUUUCAUCGAUGAUUUUU